UAGCCCGGUCCACAGGAGCUUACCCUGGCCUAUCUAUCAUUGUCGGACUUAGCGCUUUCAUAUCAUGACACGGUAUAUUUAGAUUCCCUGUGGCCUCGAGGCAUGCACGAGUGCAUGAGCGUCAGCGCUUGAAUCUUGCUUAACACGUAUGAAUUGAUGCACGUUGCAACCCUUCAAAAGAGGACAGAAUGAACAGACCCUAUGCCAUCAACUUUACCAUGGCCCUCCUACUCUGCGCUGUCCUCCUCUGCGUUCCGUUUGCUCGCGCUUCGCUCCCAGGUCUCAACGAUCCCAUAUCCUUACACUCAAUGCCAGCGAUUGUCCAUCCUGCAACACCAGGACAUUGUGGGACAUUAUCUCGAGUUGUGGCUUAACUUUGUUUGCGUGCACAUGGACUGCCAUCCAUCCGGACAUUCCGGGUAAGAAAGAGGGAAUAAUUGAUGCUGCCUUUCGUCGUCUACUCCUCAUGCUUACGGCAUUUCUGGCCCCUGAAUUCGUGGUCGCCUGGGCCACAUGGCAGUUUUUAAAUGCUCGCCAAGUUGCGAAAGCCUUCAAUGAAAAUUUUGGUUUGCAACGAGCCCAGCCCCGCGGCUACUGUCGAACCAUGCGGCAGAAGCUGGUAAAUAUGUUACUUGGUGGAAGCACAAGUUUAGACGAUGGAUGGACAGAGACGCACGGGUUCUUUGCCUGGAUGGGUGGAUUCGUGCUCCACGUCGACAGUGAGCGGCGGACUCUUACACCCAAAGAACUUCUGGACUUUGUUCAGGCUGGAUCUGUGGAGAUACCUGCCAUCACGGAGGCAGAUAUAAAAGAUCGAAGCAAAAGCGAUCUGCUAUCCAAAUGGGUCGCCAUUAUUCAGCUUGUGUGGUUCGUCAUUCAGCUCAUCGCCCGUUACAUCCAGAACCUCCCAGUAACACUGCUUGAAAUCGACACCCUGGGUGUAGCUGCUCUGACCUGCAUUUCCUAUGGCUUCUGGUUGAAUAAGCCGAAGGACGUACGAUUUCCUCAUAUUGUUCAUUGGAAGGACCCAACUGCUCCUCCACCACCUGGCAGCUUAGACAGCGACAAAGAACAUGGCACAUUGUCAAUCCUUCGGCUACUAUUCAACUACAGGACCCAACGGUCUGGUGGCUUGACUCGGGAAAAGAUCAUGGUCAUCAUUGGAUGCAUCAGUGGUAUGGCGUUUGGGGCGAUACAUUGCCUGGGCUGGAAUUUCUUGUUUCCGAGACACGCAGAGCAGAUAUUGUGUCGUGUGGCUUCCAUUGGGAUACCAUACGUAUUUUCAGGAAUUCUUCAAGUUCCUAUUCUCCUACAUUUUCUAGAAAGGCUGCUGCCAUCGGAGUCGAUCGACGGACAGACAUCGGAAAGGCUGCCAUUGGAGUCGAUCGACGGACAGACAUCGGAAAGGCUGCCACCAGCGUUGGUCGACGGACAGACAUCGGAAGGACUGCCAUCGCAGUCCAUUUAUAUCUACAACCAGAUGUUACUCUUGCUGGAUAUUCCGCAGGUUGUUCCAAUUUCAUCGCACAUCAUGUUCCUCUAUAUUCCUGCACGUAUUUCAAUAAUUGUACUCAUGUUCCUGAGCUUACGAUCACUUCCUCCUGGCACAUAUGAUACAGUAGCUUGGACCGAGUUUAUUCCACAUGUAAAUUUGUAGUUUAAUUACAAUUGCUGUAACAGAGUAUAGUAACUUGCCUGAGUCUUCAUCGAUCGCUGUUGAAAU